AUACGCUAGCGGAUUAAGAUGAAGAUCUACAGUUUGAAGACGGGCGUUUCUAGUUUCACUUGUGAAGAACUGAAACUCAGACAGUCACUGCCACUGAGAGGUAAAAUGGCGCAGAAAGGAGUUCAGCUGGACCGUGAAACUUUCUCCUGUUCGAUCUGUCUGGAUCUUCUGAAGGAUCCGGUGGCUAUUCCCUGUGGACACAGCUACUGCAUGAACUGCAUUAAAAGCUUCUGGGAUGGAGAGGAUGACAAGAAAAUCUACAGCUGCCCUCAGUGUAGGCAGAACUUCACUCCGAGGCCUGUCCUGCUGAAAAACACCAUGUUGGCAGUUUUAGUGGAGGAGCUGAAGAAGACUGAACUCCAGGCUGCUCCUGCUGAUCACUGCUAUGCUGGACCUGAAGAUGUGGCCUGUGAUUUCUGCACUGGGAGGAAACUGAAAGCCCUCAAGUCCUGUCUGGUCUGUCUGGUCUCUUACUGUGAGAAACACCUCCAGCCUCAUAAUGAAGUAGCUCAGUUAAAAAAACACAAGCUGGUGGACCCGUCCAUGAAGCUCCAGGAGAACAUCUGCUCUCGUCACGAUGAGGUGAUGAAGAUGUUCUGCCGUACUGAUCAGCAGUGUAUCUGUUAUCUCUGCUCUGUGGAUGAACAUAAAGGCCACAACACAGUGUCAGCUGCAGCAGAAAGGACUGAGAGGCAGAGAGAGCUGGAGGUGAGUCGACAAAACAUCCAGCAGAGAAUCCAGGACAGACAGAAAGAUGUGAAGGUGCUUCAACAGGAGGUGGAGGCUAUCAAUCGCUCUGCUGAUAAAGCGGUGGAGGACAGCGAGAAGAUCUUCACCGAGCUGAUCCGUCACAUGGAGAAAAGAAGCUCUGAUAUGAAGCAGCAGCUCAGAUCCCAGCAGGAAACUGAAGUGAGGCGAGUCAAAGAGCUCGAGGAGAAGCUGGAGCAGGAGAUCACUGAGCUGAAGAGGAAAGAUGCUGAGCUGCAGCAGCUCUCACACACAGAGGAUCACAACCAGUUUCUAAAGAGCUACCCCUCGCUGUCACGACUCAGUGAUGCUUCAGCCUCGUCCAGCAUGAUCGACCGUCCUCUGAGGUACUUUGAGGAUGUGACAGCUGCUGUGUCAGAAGUCAGAGAUAAACUACAGGACUUUCUGAGCAAGAAUUGGACAAACGUCUCGCUGACAGUGGCUGAAGUGGAUGUUUUACUGUCACAACCUGAGCCCAGGACCAGAGCUGGAUUCUUAAGAUAUUCACAUGAAAUCACACUGGAUCCAAACACAGCAAACAUAGAGAUGCUACUAUCUGAGGGGAACAGGAAAGCAACAUUAAAGAGACAACAUGAGGCUUUUCCUUAUCACCCAGACAGAUUCAUUUAUUGCUGUCAGGCUCUGAGCAGGGAGAGUCUGACUGGACGGUGUUACUGGGAGGUGGUGAGAAAAGGAAGAGUUUAUAUAGCAGUCACUUACAAGAACAUCAGCAGAGCAGUGUGCUCGAAUGAAUGUGGAUUUGGACUCAAUGACCAAUCUUGGGCGUUAUGUUGUGGAAAAAGCAGCUUUGACUUCUAUUACAACAAAAUCCACACUCCCAUCUCAGGUCCUCCGUCCUCCAAGGUCGGAGUCUACCUGGAUCACAGUGCAGGUAUUCUGUCCUUCUAUAGCAUCACUGACACCAUGACUCUCCUCCACAGAGUCCAGACCACAUUCACUCAGCCUCUCUAUGCUGGACUUCGGCUCUAUAAUAAUUAUGGAGACAUUGCUGAGUUCUGUAACCUCAAAUAAUCAAUUCUUCUGUACAUAUUAUAGUGUCUUUAGGUGGAGUCUGUUCAGCCAUGCUUGUUGAAUAUUGAUGUAUUUGUCUGUUGUUGUUCAUCUUACACUGCAUAGCUCUUAAAAGAGACAGUACUAUACAUUCCUUUGUUGUAGAUAUUCUGUUCUCAUCACAUUUUUAAUUCUUUAAUUACAUUCACUUGUUUGGCAGACCAAUUGUUGUUUUGGUUGUACAGAUGGCAACCCUCAUGGGUUUUUAUAAAGCUCUAAUUAUCAUGAUCAUAAUCAAUAAGGACAUUGUUAAUUUUCUUCUUUUACACAGCUGAGAUUCUGGUCAAGCAAACUGAUUGUGUGGAUGAAAUCAAUCUGUACAUGAACAAACUGAAGGUUUACAUCGUGAAUAAACAAACAUGA